CCUCAUUCGGGGCUCGUUUGCCCGGUUCUCCGGUUGUCCUCGCCCGGUUCCCCGAGGGCAGCGUUAUUAUGUAUCAGAGCCCCGCUCGGUCCCUGUGCUCGGCGCUCUCCAACCUCUGCUGCGCGCCUUCCUCCGCCACCUCCUCGACGCUGCUGCUCCGGUCUCCGGCUCCAGUCAAGAAAGCCCUUUCCCCCCCUGCCAUCCUUGCCUCUUCCGCCGCCGCCGCCGCCCCUCACUACGGCUGCUCUGCGGCUGUAAGCUCGGGGGCUGCGAAUUCCCAAGCAGUGUAUUCCAUGGGCAACAGUACCAGCAGGCUAUAUAGUGCUCUUGCAAAGACUCUGAGUACUGGUGCUGUCUCCAAACACCAGGAAUACUUGGAACAAACGGAUCCUGACUUCUUGGAUCCCAUUGAUCCCAAGGAUCUGCUUGAAGAAUGCCAGAUGGUUCUUCAGAAACGUCCUGCCCGGUUCCAGAGGGACUUUGUGAACCUGCAGACCAGCUUUUCCAGAAGCCACCGACCUAUUAGGGUCAUGCAGUGGAACAUCCUUGCACAAGCUCUUGGAGAAGGCAAGGACAACUUUAUUCAGUGCCCGAAGGAAGCCCUGAGGUGGGAAGAAAGGAAAUGCCUCAUUUUAGAAGAGAUCCUGGCAUAUCAGCCAGACAUCUUGUGCCUACAGGAAGUGGACCACUACUUUGACACCUUCCAGCCUCUGCUCAGUCGGCUGGGCUACCAAUGUACUUUCUUCCCUAAACCGUGGUCUCCAUGUUUAGACGUGGAAUGUAACAACGGGCCAGACGGCUGUGCCUUAUUCUUCCUCAAGGACAGAUUCACUCUGGUCAACAGCACCAACAUCAGGCUGACCGCGAUGAAGCUGAAAACCAACCAAGUAGCCAUUGCUCAGAUUCUGAAAUGUAACGAAACCGGCAAACUGUUCUGCACUGCUGUGACUCACCUGAAAGCUCGCAACGGCUGGGAACGAUUUAGGUCUGCACAAGGAGCCGAUCUUCUUGAGAACCUGAAGAAGAUCACCCGGGAGGCAGAGGUCCCUCUCAUCAUCUGUGGCGAUUUCAACGCAGAGCCCAGCGAAGAGGUGUACAAGGAAUUCUCAAAUUCUAGCCUGAACCUAAAUAGCGCUUACAAGCUGCUGAGUGCUGACGGACUGUCAGAACCUCCCUAUACGACAUGGAACAUCCGACCCUCUGGAGAGUGCAGGCACACCCUCGAUUACAUCUGGUACUCGCAACAUGCCUUAAAUGUGAAUGCUGCUCUCUGUCUCCUGACUGAGGAGCAAAUUGGACCCAACAGGCUACCGUCUUUCACUUACCCCUCAGACCACCUGUCUUUAGUAUGUGACUUCACAUUUAAUGAAGAUCCCGACAGGCUUUUAUAAAUAGGUGCAAGUAGCUGGAUGUGUGGGUGUGUGGUUGUUUUUUAUAUUUAAAAAGAUGUACUGUUUCUGCAGUGGCCUUUUAAAAUGGGCUUCUGAAGACUUUUGGGGGGGGUUAUUUAUGAACGGAGAACUAAUGGUUUUAUUUUCAACUUUCUUGUCGAAAGACACUUUUGUCAUUAAACACCUUGCUGUGAUAGUAGAAGAAAAAACAAACAAAAAAACAAAAAAACAUACCGUAGCUACUUAAAUUUGAGGCAUGCUUUAUGUUUUUGCCGUCCCCUGGUUUGGAGGACUGAUUCUGUAACAAAUGAAGUUCUUUAUUUGAAGACCUUUGCUAGAGCAGUUCCCUCAGUGUAGCAUGGUUAUUCUGUAUUUGAACGAAGUGGGCCAAAAGGGUAUCACACACAAUGGGGUGUUUUUUCAAUAUUGCAAUUAAAGAUGUGCUGAAUGACCAAACUUUGGUAGUUUAGGACCCGUUACAUUUUGAACAUGUAAAGGACUAUAGCACUGGUGUUAGCUAAUUAAAAUAUUCCUGAACUUGCACUGGAUGAUGUCUCAUUCCUGAGUAAAUUGAGGAAAGACUGAUCAACCUUGGAAGCGCUAUUGAGCUUGCAACCUUUGCUGUGUUGAAGCUGCCCUAUUCAGGGGAGAACGUGCCAAUUUCCUCUCUGCCUCACAGCGAAGUUGUUUGGGAAGAGGUUUCUUUGCAGAACAUUAUGGGCAGCAAGAAAGAGAAUCUGCUGUCAACCCACAAUCACCAAAGCUGGCAAAGCCACAAUAGCAGCUGUAAACCUUAAUCCCUUUUGCAACCCUGAAGGUCUUAUCUUAUGGGAGGGAAUGUGAACAGGGGCAAACCUGUUUCCUCUUAAUGCCAGGUUACCAAGUGGGAAGGCAGCCCUCAAAAGUAGGCAGGAAAUGAGAUGUCCUCUCUUCUCCAUGCAUGAAGGACUGUGGCUCGUCUGCCCAACCCAAGGUCUUUUCCCACCCAUGUUCAAUGCCAGGUUCCCCUUUUUCCCCCUUUCAGGUGCCUGUCUCUUACUUUCCCCUCAUUCUCUUGAACAACUUCCUUUUUGUACUUUCUAUCCUCCGUCUGUGUCCAGAGUAACUUUGUCAACGUUGCAUAGCAACCCUUAGAAUUAGUGCAGGAGUCGGAAUGGUGACCAGAGGCCCUGUGACACAGAUGGACAGUUGAGCCAAUUACAGUUGAAGAUUUUGGACUGCGUCCAGGGGUGGCUUUGCCUGUGUGGAAAGUACUUUUACUGUUGGAAGGCAGGAAACAGAUUUUGUUUGGGGAUCCCUGCUACCCACGCAAGACCCCAAUUUUGAACUAGCAGGUGCCCUUUCCACCAAGGGGUGGAAUCACCUUUGGAUUUUGUUAACAAACCACUACAGCUAACACAAAAUCAUUAGCCCAUUACACAGCCAGUAGUAACAACUUCAGGGUUGACAUGUUGACUUCCAAGUAUGGUAAUUCAUGUAAUUCAUAGUGCUAACUGCCCAAGGCGACCAAAUAUCCAGACCCAAAGGCUCUUUUCAGAGCCACCCACGAGGUUCGUAGAAGAACGAAACCACUAUCGUGAAUAAAUUCAGGUGUUGACUUGGAGAAUUGGCUUGUGAAGACACUGGAAAGACCACACAUGUUUAAGAGGUACUUUAAAAAUAAGAUAUACAUCUCAUAAGCAGGUUUGAUGCUGCCUAACAUCUGCAUCCUGCCAACCUAGCAGUUCGAAAGCACGUCAAAAUGCAAGUAGAUAAAUAGGAACCGCUACAGCGGGAAGGUAAACGGCGUUUCCAUGUGCUGCUCUGGUUUGCCAGAAGCGGCUUUGUCAUGCUGGCCACAUGACCUGGAAGCUAUACGCCGGUUCCCUCGGCCAAUAAUGCGAGAUGAGCGCGCAACCCCAGAGUCGGUCACGACUGGACCUAAUGGUCAGGGGUCCCUUUACCUUUACCUUUAACAUCUGCAUAAGGCUGUUAGCCAGAAAAGAAUGGGUCUUGGCCUGUGUGCAUUUGAUUUUAAAACAGCAAAUUAAAAUCUGCUAUUUGGGAUUUUGCUGAACUGACUCUAGCAAUGGUGUCAAAUAAUUGUUAUGAUGUGUGUUCUCUUUGCCCAGCAGUAAAAAAAAAUCAAGACAUGAACUACUGUUAACAUUGAGUUACUUACAAAAAAGGGGAAAUCCUUCGAGGGAGACUCCAUUAGUAAAGAUACUGCCCUAAUGUAUUGCUUAGUUUCAAGGGAAGGGAAUUCUCCGCUUAGCUCAAGCUUGUCUGUGUAGUUCCGAACCAUGGAUUGUUGAAUGCCUUCAAUUAAAUUUGCAAAAGCAAGAAAACUAGAUUAAAUUAUUUUCCCUGUUAAAAGUAGGAUUGUCCAUGUCUACGCAACUGCUGAAAAGCCACUAAAGUAUUGUAAAUAGUCCCUGCCAGAAGACUUACAAGGAAGAGGGCUGAGAAGAAAACAAGGAAACUUGUAUGUCUUUCUGGCUAUUGAGGAGCGUGCUGUGCUCCGGCUGCCUUGGGCCCAUGAUCGACCCAGAUCAAGCCCAUGAUUGACUGAUCGAUCAGGAUCGAUGGGUUGGACAUGUCUGCUAUGGUACAUAGGUACUUUCAACAAAAAUGCAUUGUACUCCCAAAACAAUUUCCCUUCACAGGUUAUAAAAAAUGCUGCUUGUGUGGUCAAGUGUUGCUGGAAAAACACACAGAAGAAUGGGAAACACCAGAAACCACCUCAAAUGGUCCUUGGUAUCUUUACAUAGUUGCCCAUUACGUUUAAAAUUAUUCUGCCGUAGUUUUCCACUGAUUCCGCCUGCUCACGUUAUGAACUGGCUAUUACGGCUAUACUGAUUCUGUUCCAAUCUGCCUCCAACCCACCCAUUUUUCUUCCCUCCUUUCGCACUUACCGGUAAAUGUUUUGGGCUAACUGUUCCCUCCAUCUCCACAUUAUCCCUACUAAUACAAAACCAAGCCAGUAAACACACAGGCCACAAUGCACAUCUCAGAAGCAAGACACUGUGGAAGCUGUUAUCUCUUGCUACAUUUUUCAUAGCACAAUAAGCUAAGCUCCUCCAUUUCUUGACACUUCUUCAAAUUAUGAAUUUAUACUUUCAGAAUAAUGGAAGAAUGAAACUGCUGUACUGUGUUAUCUGGGUGAACACCAGAGACUUUUAAAAAAAGAGACUAAACUUAAAUUUCAUGUUUGUAUUUCAGUAAAACCUACUUGAAUACACUUUGAAACAAGAGUACAACAAAAUAGAAUAUACUUUAAAUGUUGAAUAUACAAACUAUUAUAGUUCAUUCUGAACACUGGUACUUCCCUCUAACUUUAACUAAAAAAAUGUACAGGCUCUUUUAACUACCUGACAAGAGUUCAUGCCAAGCGUGACCUUUCAAGUGACAGAGUAGAAGCUGAAAUUGAAAUGUAUGCACAGAUGUCGAGGCUAAGUGGGUGACCCAGG